AUGAUCUCUCGGUGGUCUAGUGGCAUCUUUCUUCUACUGCUUUUGAUGGAUUCGACAGCUCUUCGAUCCACUUUUACAUACCAUCCACAAGGUUCGCAGUCUCUCCUCUACAUCCCUGGAUUGGAACCGAUCCUGCAUUUGGAUCAGGUAGGUCGGAAAACUUAAUUUAUUGUCAUGAGGAAGGUGAUAAAUCUUAUAUUUAUGUUAUAGCUGACGUUCGAUGACACGAUCUUUGAUCCGACUAGACAGAAUUCAUUUUUGGUCGAGUUCUACGCUGACUGGUGCGGCCAUUGUCGCGCGUUUGCUCCUUUCUUUAAGGAAUUUGCUUCUUUGGUGGUUAAUUGGAAGGAAGUUACCAUAGUCUCUGCCAUCAAUUGUGCUGACGCUUUUAAUGCAGAUAUCUGUAAGAAGAAUGGAAUCAGCCACUUCCCCAUGCUCAAGGUAAGGUUGUGUUUAUAGAUCUAUACAGUUGCUUUAGUAUUUCCCUCGAACAGCCACCAAUUAUGCCGAAGGCCAACUUCUAGAGCCAGCUCACUCCGGCACCAAUCUGAGAGAUCAGUUGGCUUCAAAAGUCACAAAUGAAUAUAGCCUUAGGCGAUACCCGGACUGGCCCAACUUCGGCUAUGUUGAUGUUACUGGGUAAGGACUUACAAUGAAUGUAAAAGGACUGACUUUUAUCGAAGAUGACUUUCGUUUUCAGUCAAACCAAGUUUGAAGACCUCUGGAAUGGAAUCCUCCCUCAGGCAAUGUACAUGGCCAUAGUCUUUGAGCAGUAUGACAGCGUUGCUGCCCAGGCUAUGCUCGAUUUAUGGCCUUAUCGCGGUCAUGUUGGCGUUCGAAGAGCCAUGGCCAACUCUCCUUUGGUCCAGAUGCUUCAAAUCAACAGCUUCCCUUAUGUGGCGCUAUUCAAACGGGGAAAUCAGCAGAGCAUCUUCAUGAGCCCGUAAGUUAUUCUUUAUACAUCAUUGCUCUGCUUUUGGUCAAUUUAUUAUUAUGUUCAUUCCAGCUAUGGAUACACAACUCUACAAGAUGUAAUGGCAAGAGCUGACCCUAACGAGAGGGUGACGAGGCCUCCGGUAAUUCAGGCCACCACCCCCAAGCCCUCGAACAUUAUCCAUUGCGACAAACAGCCAGAGCGAUGCCAACAGAUGUUCUUUGCGUCAGAAACUGACAUGUUGAAGGCGAUGAGGUCUGCUUUAUUGGAUGAAGUAGUCAGAGCCAAUGACUUUGUUACUGGACAGAACUUUACCAAUCUUCAGAACUUUGUGUCGUUAUUGGCGGAUGUAAGAAUGAGAAGGCAAUUUUUUUAUUUGAUUCUUUUAGCAUUUUCCAACGGUAUCAUAUGCGAACGGACUUCAACGACGCGCUUUGAAACGGUCUACUAGUGUGGUAAGGUUAUUUUGAAUAGCGAAAUCAUCAAACAAAUUUUUUAAAAUUAAUGUCUGGUAUAAUAUAAAUUUUAGGCGCUGAAAAAGAGCUCCGCCGCCAAGGAGGUCUUCGAUCAACUGAGGAAGAUGUUAGACACAAAACCUGGCCAGAUCUCCAUCAAAGAAUGGAAAACAACCUUUGAAGGACUAGAGGUUUGUCCUUUAUGCUCCAAUAUAUCACAUCGAACAGCCUUACAUCAUAUUCUAUAAUUCUUAUUGUUCUUUCAGGACCGUUACGGCAAGCCUUUCCCCACCGAUGCUGACUGGCAACAUUGCCGAGGAAGUGGACCUCAAUUUAGAGGUUAUACUUGUGGCCUUUGGACGACCUUCCACACAUUAACAAUUCACACUUAUAUGGACACAAUUAAAGGUAUCUUAGCUCUGUAAUUAAAUAAAGUUGCUGUUUAGCCAAGACAAUCAAGCCCAUCACUCCAUUGAAGUACAUCCAAGGAUGGGUCAACUCUUUCUUUGGGUGUGAAAACUGUAAGCAACACUUUAUGGAGAUGACCACACAGAAAUUCCCAAUGAAUGAGGAACGAGUAAGUGGUUUCUAUUUAAAAUUGGAUUUCUGCUUUUUCAUUAUUUAUUUUGUGGCCAACCUUACAUUGAUUAUAUUGUUUUAGGUGAAGAACUCUCAUGAUAUGUUCAUGUAUUUGUGGCGAGCUCAUAACAUUGUAAACAAUCGCCUGCACGGUGAUGUAACAGAGGAUCCGCAGUUUCUCAAGUACCAAUUUCCACCCUUCUUCCUUUGCCCGACCUGCCAUGCCGGAGGGCAAUUCAGUCGGAGGAAGGUCCGCAAUUUCCUGCUCAGAUACUAUGUUAACAUCCGGCCGUAUAACCGAGUGCAUUAG